AGCAGUCAUACUCACUUCGACCUAGUGUCCAACAGGCAGGCCGAGGAAGAUGGUGACGAAAUUGCUGGUCUUUGCCAUUGCAACGGGUUUGGCAUACGGGGAACCUAUUGCCAACGCGAAUGCAGCUGCGACCCCUACUCUGCCACCUUGGAGAUACCCAUCGGUAUAUUCUUACUACCCAACCGCCUACAAGAACUCCCAGAAGUACAGGCUGGGCACUCCCGCAUGCGCAGAAAACACGACGAAGUCGUGGUGCCUCGGGGACGCUGACUACCCGACGGCCGACAUCAAGCAAGCCGCUACGUACCACCGUCACGGCGUCCUAGCCCUCUACCAGGACGUGGGAGUGAUCACCGAGAACUCGGUUGAAGGUCCAGCCACCCUGGAAGAGGAGACUUACCUGUGCCCUUCCGACACCAGCUACGUGAAGCCCCUGAGAGCCGUUAACGCUAGAGGGAUAUGGAGGAUUAUCGUCAACGACGUCGAUAUCUUCUUCAAGAGCAUCGUUCAGUCCGUCAGGAUUGAGGAGUGCCUGACCUCCGGGGACGCCUGCCCCCUGGUGCCUGCUUGUUACGAUACCCAGUGCCUGCAGAAGUCAGUCUACCAUCGCUUUCUCGUCUACGAUCCAUUUGAUUACUAUUUUCCCUUCGCCAUUGAGACCUUCAAGCUACCAGCGAGUUGUGCUUGCGUGAUAGGAGCUUAUGCCAUCUAAUAAGAGAUGCUUAAAGUGUCUGCACAUUUUUCCUCAAACGCAGUAAUCGAAAACUUUCUGAAGGGUCUCAGGAGAUAUCAAAUUGAAUAAUCUUAUAAAUAAUUGUAUCAUCGGCUAGAUCUCACUACGCUUCCCCAUAAGCAAUAAAAUGAGCUUCAUACUUUAGAAUGUAGAUAAUAUCUGCAAUAAUCUUCAUCAGGGUUGGAGUACUUACACUUAAAGAAAAAAAUUACAAUUACAAUUACUUUCAAAAUAUGUAAAUUACAAUUAUAAUUACGUUUGGGAUUAGCAAUUACAUUAUAAUUACAAUUACUUCACAACAAAUUCAGUAAAAAUAACAGUUACAUUUGCAAGGGAUCUGGGUGCGAGGGCAGACGCUUAUCUUCGGUACAGGAAACAGUGUAUUGAGGCGAGCAAAUCGAGCUAAUAGGGUCUCAUGAGGGUCUCAUAAUUCAUUUCCACCAGAAGUGUAAGUGAUAGAAGAGCUCCCAGUGGCGAAGCACCAGCUAAAUUAAGUUUUAUAAGGAACCCAUCACUUCUAAUGGAUCCACACCCUUAUCACUUCAAUUUUAUUAUUAUAAUUAAAUAAAAAAUUACAUCAUACUGUAAUUAAUUACAUUACAAUUACUUACUAAAAUUUCAUUAUCAAUUACAAUUACAACUACACGACAUUCUGUAACUAAUUACAUUUAAAUUAAAUUACAAUUACAAGUCUCCAAUCCUGGUCUUCAAUCUUAAGCGUUCUGCAGGACCUAGAGAUAUCAGUACCAUCAAUGGAGUUCUCUGAAAGCGUGUGGGCCUCCGUGGUUGUGUCGGGCAUGGCGAAAAUUUACGCUGAUGGAAUGCGUAAUCAUAUUUACUUGAAGCGUCAAAAGCGAUUAUAUAAUCUUGCAUAAGUAAUACUUUAAAUAUUCAUGAUUUCAUAAUUUCAUGCAUGUCCAAGGCGUGAAAUACUUUUGAUUGCAUAAUUAUGAAAUACCUUUGGUUUCAUAAUUUUACGUCCAACGCUUGAAAUGUUCGAUUCCACAAUUUCAUAUACCUGCACCACUUAAAGUACUUCUGUUUUCAUAAUUAUACGGAUACCACUUGAAAUACUUAUGUUUUCAUGAUUAUACGUCCAGCACUUA